CCCGGCCCUGUGCAGCAUGCCGAGUGGGGGCCUCGAGCAUCCCCACGUGUGCACCCAGCGGCCUCUGCUGCUCCUGCUGUGGCUGCUGUUGCAGUUGGUAACCCGCGCCCAGACAGCACCGGAUGCCCCUAUCGCCCUGACCAGACUGGACACCUCCAGCACACCAAGUCUGGGGGAGCGUGCGCGGGCCCUGAUGCAGGACUUCCCACUUGUGGAUGGCCACAACGACAUGCCCCUGGUCCUGAGGCAGUUUAACCGCAAGGGCCUACAGGAUGUUAAUCUGCACAGUUUCAGCCACGGCCAGACCAGCUUGAACAGGCUUAAAGACGGUCUCGUGGGUGCCCAGUUCUGGUCAGCCUACGUCCCAUGCCAGACCCAGGAACGCGAUGCUGUGCGCCUCACCCUAGAGCAGAUUGAUCUCAUCCACCGCAUGUGUGCCUCCUAUUCUGAGCUGGAGCUUGUGACCUCAGUUAAAGCUCUGAAUGGUACCCGGAAGUUGGCUUGCCUCAUCGGUGUGGAGGGUGGCCACUCACUGGACAGCAGCCUCUCCGUCCUGCGUACCUUCUAUGUGCUGGGUGUGCGCUACCUGACACUCACGCACACCUGCAACACGCCCUGGGCAGAGAGCUCAGCUAAGGGCAUCCACCCCUUCUACAGCGAUGUCAGAGGGCUGACCAGCUUUGGUGAGAAGGUGGUGGCAGAAAUGAACCGUCUGGGCAUGAUGGUGGACUUGUCCCAUGUCUCAGAUGCCGUGGCACGGAGAGCCCUAGAAGUGUCGCAGGCACCUGUGAUCUUCUCCCACUCGGCUGCCCGGGCUGUGUGCGAGAGCACCCGGAAUGUUCCUGAUGACAUCCUACAACUUUUGAAGAAGAACGGUGGCAUUGUGAUGGUGUCUUUGUCCGUGGGGGUGCUGCAGUGCAACCCGCUAGCCAAUGUGUCUACUGUGGCAGAUCACUUUGACCACAUUAGGGCUGUCAUCGGAUCCAAGUUCAUCGGGAUUGGAGGAGAUUAUGACGGGGCUGGCCGGUUCCCACAGGGUCUGGAGGACGUGUCCACAUACCCAGUACUCAUAGAAGAGUUGCUGAGGCGUGGCUGGAGUGAGGAAGAGCUCUGGGGUGUCCUUCGAGGAAACCUGCUGCGGGUCUUCAGCCGGGUGGAACAGGUUCGGGAGGAAAACAAGGGACAGAGUCCCUUGGAGGAUGAGUUCCCAGACGAGCAGCUGGGAAGCUCCUGCCGCUCCGUCCUCUCGCAUCUGCAGCAGAGAGAAAAUCUGGCUCAAGACCAGAAACUAACCAGAACUCCAAGGCAUGGGAAUCCUAUUUUGUCACCUAUGUGGUUAUUCUCAAAAUCUUUCCCCAACACAGCCCCGGGCCUCACAGUUAUUACUGCCUUCCUGGUCCUCAUUCUUUGGGUCUGGUGAUCCAUUAAUCCUGCCAGAUGUCACUUUGGCAGAUGCAGACAUCCACAAAGUUUCCUAUCAUGCAAGCACAAACAUUUCCCCAAAAUAAACAUUUCAGAAAUGGAAUCAGUAUGAGCUGUCCUUCUCUGUAGUGGGGCCUGUGGUACAGGCCCCAACACUGGGGUUUGGUGGGGGACCCUGCAGUUCAGACACCAGGUACUCAAGACAGACCUGUUGGCAGUGGCCUGAGGCCAGGGUGUUUGGCUCAGCACCAGAAGACAAUGGAAGGCUCUGGCUGCAGGAAGGCGGACUCUACUCAUUCCCUCUGAGUAGCUCACCUCAAUCCUGACCCACUGUCUAUCACCUGGAGAUCUUUUAGGGAAUUCUGGCUCAGAUUCCCAAGAAAAGAACCUGCCUGGAUCACAAAUGAUCUUUGUUCCUAUUUGGACAGAGCCAGAAUGUCAGGCUACUUAAUGGGCCACAGACCUCUAAUGGUUGGACAGCUCUGAG